AUGAAUCUUGAAUAAGAAGAUAAAGUAACCAAAUAAAUUAAAAUUAAUGAAAAUAAUAGAAUAAGAAUCGUUGGAAAAUAAUACUUUUAAAUUUCUUAGGAAAAAAUAGAGUAUUAAUUAGAAUAUUAAAACAAUCGUAUUUAAUAUUUCAAAGAUGGUUAAAUCUUGUUAAGAGAUUGGAUAAAAGGAGAUUUUUCAGAUUACGAGAUAAUCAAGGAUUUUAACUUUCUCAAAUAUUUGAUAUGGGAUGGUUAGUACGAUAACUAAAAUAAAAAAAUUGGAAAGUGGACUCCUUAUUGGAAUGGUGACAAAUUAGAUGCCGGAGGGUACUAUGAUGAAGGAGGUUUCAAAAUAGGACUUUGGAAAGAACCUUAUAAUAUGUUUCGAGAUCUUGAAUAAUACUACUUUUUUGGUGAAUACAAAAAAGGAAAGAGAAUUGGAAAGUGGGAAUAUUGUUAUUAUUCAUAUAGCUCGAAAAAGAAAGAAUAAACUUUUCAUUUCAAAGCAGGAGGUUACUAUGAUAACUAUGGAAUUAAAUAAGGAAAAUGGAUCGAAUUUGUCGAUGGUUUUAGUUUCUUUUAAGCUUCUCUAAGCGAUAAAAAAUAAAAAAUUGUGAAUAUUGGAGAAUAUAAAAAUGGAAGAAAAUUUGGAAUUUGGGAAAUGUAAUUUGAUGAGAAGCUUUCUAUUAGUGGAACAUAUGACAUGAAUGGAUAAAAAAAUGGAAUAUGGUCGGAUAUCUAUGAUUUCUCAUUUGGUGAAAACCGAAUCAUUUAAACAGGCAACUACAAGGAAAAUGUGAGAUAAGGUGAAUGGUAAAUUAAACUUUAGUAUGACUACAAAAUGUGGGAAGAAUUUUUUUAAGAAGAAAUUUUUGGAGGUGUAUAUGAUGAAGAUGGGCUGAAAGUUGGGAAAUGGAUUGAACUUCAUGAUAAUUUUUUGCAAUGCCCAGCCAUAAAUGUAGGAAUAUAUGAAAAAGGAAUAAAAGUUGGAAAGUGGGAUAUAAUUGACUAAGACGGAGGGGGACAAUUUGAUAAUUUUGGUUAAAAAUUAGGGGACUGGAUUGAAGUAAUUCAUUUCGAUCCAGUGUAUAUCUGUUUUUCAGGAACUUACACAGAUGGAAAAAGACAUGGUGAAUGGAUUUAUUAUGGAGAGGAGACAAUGUAUGAAUUUUAACACAAUUAAUUUAGUGGAGGAGGAAAGUAUGAUGAAAAUGGAAUGAAGUACGGCACAUGGUUAGAGUUUUAAGAAUAUUUUAACAGUAGCGAAUUAUUAUGUAAAGGGACGUAUAUAAAUAAUAAGAAAGUAGGAAGCUGGAAUAACUAAUGUUAGAAUUAUGAUUUACCAUAAAUUAUUGAAAAUUUGGGUGAAUAUGAUGAAAAUGAAUUAAAAAAUGGAUUUUGGGUUGAACCAAGUGUCGAUUUUUGGGUGUUAAAUAAGAUCAUUUUUGCAGGAGAAUAUAAAAAUGGAAUAAAAGUGGGAAAUUGGGAAAUUUUAUAAAAUCAGAAUUCUAAUAAUAUAUUAAGAGGAGGUGGAGAUUACAAUGAGUAGGGAAGAAAACACGGAUUAUGGAUUGAUAUAAGACAUGAUUUCAACAUGACUAAAAUCAAAUUUAUUCAAGGAGAAUAUUCAAAUGGGAAGAAAAUUGGAGAAUUUACAGUAAUAGGCUGAUAAUAUAAUAGAAAAAUCAAAUAUAUCAAUAAAUUUAUUAUU